AUGGCUUCAAAUAAACGUCAUUUGGAUACUCAACGCCCGACUUCGAGUAAACAGCCUCGAAUCAACGUGACUGAUCAACAGUUUGAGAGUUUGGUCAUGGAAACCCUUGCCUUUUCGGAGUCUGAUGAUUCUUCAGCUGAUGAGGAUGACAUCCUGCCACAGGAGGCUGAAGUAGACUCCUCAUCGGAUAGCGAUGACAAUAUCCCCUUAGCAGAACUACAGAGUGAAACGGGUAUAGAAGAAGCCGUUCCUUACUCAGACUCUGAUGAACCUACGACAUCACAGGAAUCCACAAGAAAAUAUUAUUACGGAAAACGAAGAUGUAUGAAGUGGGCAAAAGACCCUCCGUCUAGAAAUCGGCGUACUCCCGCUCAUAACAUCGUAAUACCAAUGGCUAGUGUGAACGUCCCGGCAGAAAGUGAACCAGUAAGUUUAUUCAAUUUGUUUCUUAGUCCAAAUAUAAAGAACAAAAUUAUACUCCACACAAACGAAAGACUCGAGAUAUUGAGGCAGAAAUACAAAAGGACAAACAAACCUGAAGUGAGAGAUAUAGAUGAGAUUGAAUUUGAUGCUUUUUUAGGUAUGUUGUUGUUCAGUGCAGCUUUCAAAUCAAAUGAUGAAGAUGUGAAUGCCAUAUUUGCAACUGAUGGUACAGGAAGAGACAUUUUUAGAGCAGUAAUGUCUAAGGAUAGAUUUCAAAUGAUUUUGAUCGCUCUUCGGUUUGAUGACUUUUCAACUAGAGAUGAAAGAAAAUUGGCUAACGUAGCUGCUGCUGUAUCCGAAAUAUUUGAAAUAUUCGUUUCCAACUGUCAAAAAUAUUAUAGGUUGGGUGAUAAUACAACAAUUGACGAAAUGCUUGUAUCAUUUAGAGGACGUUGUCGUUGGAAGAAAUAUAUGCCAAACAAACCAUGCAAGUACGGGUUAGAGAUAAAAUGUUUGACUGACGGAAGAACAGGAUAUUUGUAUAAUGCUUACUUAUAUACUGGAAUGAACAGUGAUGGCUUGGGUCUCUGA